AAGAAAGAAACUUGAGGGGAAAGAUUUUCCAUUCUCAAAUUCCCUUCCGAAUUUGAUUGGUAGUACAUCCUCUUUUUUUUACAAAUAACUUCACAAAGCUAUUAACUUCUUUAUUUUCUUCGUAUCUAGUAACACUACAGAGAAAGCUCUUAUUUUAUUUUUGAAGAAACAUGUCUCAAGUUCCCUGUUUUCGAGCUCGUACGCUGCCUGAUGAUUCUUACUUGAACGAACUACAGCAGCGGCUACAGAAGCGUCCUCGUAUGACUGUUGAUAGUAUCAUGUCUGGUAUUAAGUUUGAAGAUUCACCAUUGAAUCUUGAAGAAGAAGAAGAAGAAGAAGAAGAACAAGAAUUGAUUCUUGAUGAAAUUAUAGAAGAAGAAGAGGAGGAAGAGGCAGAGGAAUUUUUGAAUGAAGUGUCUCUUGAAGAUGAAAUUGUAGAAGAAAUGGAAGCAAUGGAGGCCGGGGAAUUUCAGAAUGACGUAUUUGAGUCGAUUCUUGAUGAAGAAAUUAUAGAAGAAGAGGAAGAGGUAGAGGAAUUCGUUAAUGAUGUAUCCGAGCUGAUUCUUGAAGUUGAUGUGUCUGAGAAUAUGGAACCACCAAGGGAGUGGACUAUAGGUCUGAUCAAUGAAGGCCAUCUACCGAACCAAACAAGUGGAACUCGGGCCAGGAGGACGCCCCGAAUGAGAGUAAACACUAACUACUCUUAUUACAGAUUUCAAGAGCUAGAAUCGACCCUCGAUGAUACUUAUAGCGAUGAACUCGAAGAAGAACUAGAAAUACAAGAAGAGGAGGAAACGGACGAUAGUAAUGAGUGGAUGGACAUGUCUGAAUAUUUUGAAACACGGACGCAUUAUGGUCCUUCGCCAGCUAUGGACAUAGAUGGUGAUCCAGUUGUUGAUGAGGAACAAGAAGUAUGUGCGAUAUGUUUAGCCGAAUAUACACAUGAAGGUAUUAUUGCCUCACUUGAAUGUGGCCAUGAAUUUCAUGUAGAAUGCAUUAACAAGUGGUUGCAGAGGAAAAGAACAUGUCCCUUUUGCAGAGCUCCUGUUAAGCCUACACCUGACUGACUGCCAAUCUUAUUCUUAUUCUUAACUAUUCAACUAGAGUAGUAUUAGUAUUUCUGUAAUGUGUAAUCAUUCAAAAUAGUUUCUUAUUCUUAACUAGGCAACUAGAGUAGUAUUAGUUUUCUGUAAUGUGUAAUCAUUCAAAAUAGUAUGUUGAUCUUUUUUCUUGGAUACCGAUUUGUUGAGCUCUAAUUUGUUCAUCUUUUUCUUUGCGAAUACCAAAUUGGAGAGAUAUGGAAACGAGGAUUCAUUUAAGUAACUAAAUUAAACUUACGUUCUUAAUAAACACCGGUCGAUUCAAUUAAUUUUGAACAUUGAAUGGUCCAAGGCCAGCAUAAAAUGCUGUUCAUGAUCCAAAACACAUAAAUUACCAUGGCUAAAAGAGACUUCAA